CGACAGCGGAGCCUCGACGAGAUUCCGUCUCUCGAGCCGAGCCGAAGAGGACGAGUUUGAGAGCAUCGAAGAAGAGCAUAGAGAAGAGUGUGGUAGAGCUUGGAGUUGGAUGGGACCGGUGCUGGGUUUCCCGGAUGGGACAGAUUGAUUCGAGCUUUUCUCUCAUUAUCACUUUGUGGCGUUAGCGAGAAAUGCCCAGGAUACUCUGGUUGCAUUGCGUUACUGGUACGUUCCGCUAUCGAAGGCACCAUCAGCGAGCGACGCCCCGCGAAGAGGAUGUCCACUAAGCAGAAGGUAAACGCUGCGCGUGCAGGACCGAACGAAGUCGUACUGACGACGGGAGACGGCAGGGAGACAUGGAGCAAAAAGGUCGAUUUCCUGCUGUCGGUGAUCGGCUUCGCCGUCGAUCUGGCCAACGUCUGGAGGUUCCCGUAUUUGUGCUACAAAAACGGCGGCGGUGCAUUUUUAGUUCCCUACUGCAUUAUGCUGGUCAUCGGCGGCAUUCCACUCUUCUACAUGGAAUUAGCCUUGGGCCAAUUCAACCGAAAAGGGGCCAUCACUUGCUGGGGCAGAUUGUGCCCUUUACUCAAAGGUAUAGGAUACGCCGUGGUGCUGAUAGCUUUCUACGUUGAUUUCUACUACAACGUGAUCAUAGCGUGGGCUUUGCGGUUCUUCUUCGCCUCCUUCACCGAUUUGCUACCUUGGACGACCUGCGAUAACCCGUGGAACACGCCGAAUUGUCGACCGUUCGAAUUCCCCACGAGGAACUACUCGGAAUCGAACAGUUCCGAACCGGGCCCGACCGACUCCCGUUUCGCCUCCGCGGCCUCCGAAUAUUUCAAUCGCGCCAUCUUGGAGCUCCACCAAAGCCGCGGCCUGCACGAUCUGGGCGCCAUCAAAUGGGACAUAGCCCUCUGCCUGCUGGCCGUCUACAUCAUCUGCUACUUCUCCCUGUGGAAGGGCAUCAGCACGUCGGGCAAGGUGGUCUGGUUCACGGCGCUCUUCCCCUACGCCGUGCUGCUCAUCCUGCUGGUGCGCGGCAUCACCCUGCCCGGCUCCGCCGAGGGCGUCCAGUACUAUUUGAACCCCAAUUUCAGCGCCAUCGGCUCCGCCGAGGUGUGGGUCGACGCCGCCACGCAGGUGUUCUUCUCGUUGGGGCCCGGCUUCGGGGUGCUGCUGGCCUACGCUUCCUAUAACAAGUACCACAACAACGUCUACAAGGAUGCCAUUUUGACUAGCGUCAUCAAUUCGGCGACAAGUUUCAUAGCGGGUUUCGUGAUAUUCUCGGUGCUGGGGUACAUGGCUCGGGCUGCCGGUAGGCCCAUACAGGAGGUGGCCACCGAAGGUCCCGGCCUCGUUUUUAUAGUGUAUCCAGCGGCAAUCGCCACCAUGCCAGGCAGCAUAUUCUGGGCGUUGAUUUUCUUCAUGAUGUUGCUCACUUUAGGUCUCGAUAGCUCGUUCGGCGGUUCGGAGGCGAUAAUAACGGCGCUGAGCGACGAGUUCCCGAAAAUCGGUCGAAACCGGGAGAUUUUCGUCGCCUGCUUGUUCACCGUGUACUUCCUGGUGGGGCUGGCCUCUUGCUCGCAAGGAGGUUUCUACUUCUUCCAUCUCCUCGAUCGCUACGCCGCCGGAUAUUCCAUGUUAUUCGCCGUCUUCUUCGAAGCCAUCGCCGUCUCCUGGAUAUACGGUACCCAGCGAUUCUGCGACGACAUCAAAGACAUGAUCGGCUUCGCGCCCGGUUUGUACUGGAGGUUCUGCUGGAAAUUCGCCGCGCCCGUUUUCCUGCUCUUCAUCAUCGUCUACGGUUUGCUGGGCUACGAGCCGCUGAGCUACGAGAACUACGUGUACCCCCAAUGGGCCAAUAUUCUGGGCUGGUGCAUCGCCGGGUCUUCGGUGUUCAUGAUACCGGCGAUGGGGGUCUACAUGAUGAUAAUAACUCCGGGAUCUUUCUCCAAAAGAUUGAAAAUCCUGACGACUCCUUGGCGGGAUACGCAAAGGACGUCCCAAUUGAACGGGGCCGUGCAAUCGGAGAGCAACCAGGUGCGCAUCGCGACGCCCGAGGCGCCCGAACAGGCGCCGGUGGAGGUUUGAGACAAGAGGAUGAGCAAAUUCAAAGAGUAUUACGUUUAGUUCCGUUGGGUUGUUUUUUUGUAUCGUUUGGAAGCUUAGUUGUAAGGUAGUAAGGCGUUUUUUGUAACUUUGUAUGUAGACUUAUGUACCUGCUGUAAUAUGUAGAUUAUCUAUAGGCUUAAAUAAUUAAAUAAUUCGUGUGCCCCUUACCUGAUAUGGGUUCGGUUAUAAUGAUCUAAUAAUCACUGAAAUUCGUUUUGAAGGAUUUCUUUUUAAAGUGGUUGUUGGUUUCUAAGAGAAAGUUAAAGAAGCUGUUUUUGAUGUAAAAUAUUUAUCAUAUGGAACAAAUUUUGGAAAUCCCAGAGUGCUAUACAGCCAGCAUCAGAUUUUUAAUGAAACAUCAGAUGAUAGUGCUAGGGGUUUUCGUAAAUUUCGAAUUACGAUAAAAUUAAUCAAGUUUUUUUAAACUAAAAUCUAUUGGUAGGGCCCAAUGGAGUUUAGGAAAUUCAAAAAGGAUACGGAAAACAGCGAAAUGUAGAUAUAAUAGCAAUAUAGCGGAUGUAUUAGUUAGCAAUAUUAGGAUUUAGUAUACAAAUUGCGAUGAAAACAAAACUGUACAGUGAAGCAGAUGGAAUAUUUUAAUGUAAUUUUUGUACUAUUGCGGUUAAAGUGAAGAAGAGCUUUAAAAAUAAAUAGUCCUACAUGAAGACUGUGUUAAACAGCCAUUUGACGAGUCUUCAGAUUUUUGUACUGUCCAAUCAACUGCUAAUAGAUUAAAAAUUAAGUUAAUUAAUUUGAAUAAUAAUUUAUUUUACUAAGUUGGUUGGACUAUUAAAUGUACGUAGUAAAUGUAUAAUAUUUGUGUAAACAAAAUAAUACUUUUAUCAUAAUAAUUUUGUAUAUUUUUUGUAUGAUUGUUGAAAACGAGACAUUUAAUUUUUAUUUAAAGAUGUUUCGUUCAUUCUAAACUAUCAAAAUAAUUGUUUAAUUUCGCAAAAGUCG